AUGGCCGCCGUUCCCGCUACCGCACCAACCACUGAGCCGACCACUGUCGCGCCCGUCGAUGCUACCGCCGCGCCUGUCGCUCCCGCCGCCGAGGUUGCCCCUGUCGCUCCCGCCGAGGUUGUCGAGCCCAAGGUCGAGGAACCAGUGAAGGCCGAGGAUGAGGUUGCUGCCCCAGCUGCAGCUGAGGAGAAGGUAGAGGAGAAGAAGGAGGAGACCAAGGUUGAGAAGCCCGUCGAGCCCAUCCACAGCGGUGCUUUGGGCUACAAGGCUCCGGGCCUCAAGAAUGCUUUCCGCUACUCCAAGAAGUACUUCUGGUUCGGCGAGGAGGCUGUCUCUACCCAGAGCUUGAGCCACUACUUGCGCGGCGAGAAGGCUGAGGUUGCUCACCCAACUGCUGCCUGGUCUAGCCAGACUGGAAAGGGUCUCCUCUACUUCGUCAAGCACGCCGACGAGAAGGCCACUCCCGCCGGUGUCCUUAACUUGGCUGAGGCUGAGAACCUCGUCAAGGAUGGCACCAUUGCCUUCCACUUCAAGUUGCACGGUCAGAAGCACGCCUUUGAGGCUCAGACCGCCACCGAGCGCAACGGAUGGUUCGUUGCUUUCGAGGAGGCCGUCAAGGAGGCCAAGGCUCAGAAGGAGACCAUCGUCGCCAGCGAGGGUUACAAGGAGGAACUCUCCAAGCUUGGCAAGCCCGCUGCACUAGUUGCUACCGCCGCUAAGGAGAGCUCCACCCCUAAGAAGAGCACCGACGGUCUCAAGCCUACUGAGGAGAAGCCCGCCGAGGCCACCGAGCCUGUUGUCGCUGAGGGCUCCACUCCUGCUCGUGCCGGAUCUUCUUCCAGCUCCUCUUCCGACGAGGAGAAGGAGAAGAAGAAGAAGUCCAAGAGCAAGAGCCGCUCCGUCUCCCGUGGCAAGCGUGCUUCCAUCUUCGGUGGUUUCCUCGGAAAGAAGGAGAAGGCUGAAGAGAAGAAGGAGGAAAAGAAGGAGGAGAAGAAGGAGGGCGAGCUCGAGGCUAAGGAGGAGACUGUUGAGCCUACUCCCGCCGCCGCCACCGAGGCUUCCCCUGCCGUCGUUGCUCCUGUUGUCCCUGCCACCGAGGAGGCCCCCAAGCCUGCUGAGGAGACCAAGGUCGAGGAGCCCGUCGCUGCUGCGCCUGUUGUCGCUGAGGAGAAGAAGGUUGAGGAGAAGCCCAAGCCCGCUAAGCGUGCAUCCAUCUUCGGCAACUUCGUGGAGAAGCUGAAGAGCCCUACCACUGAGAAGAAGGAGUCUGAGGCUGGCCUUGCAGCUGCUCCUGCUGUCCCUCCUAAGGAGACUGAGGUCGCUGCUGAGGCACCUAAGAUCGAGGAGAUCCCAGCUGUUGCUGCCCCCGUCGAGACCCCCGCUGAGGCUGCCACUGAGGCACCAAAGGAGGAGAAGAAGGAGGAGGUCAAGCCAGCUGCCACCACUCCCCACAAGGAGAAGCAGCACUUCUCUUUCGGAAAGUUCUUGGGUGGCACCAAGGAGAAGGUCAAGUCUCCCAGCGAGGCCAAGAACCCUCUCGAGGUUGCUAAGGAGCCCAAGGUCGAGGAGCCAGUUAAGACUGAGGAGCCCGUUGCUCCCGUCGAGGCCCCCAAGACCGAGGAGACCCCCGCUGCUCCCGUCACUGAGGCCCCCAAGGAGGAGACUCCUGCUGAGGCCUCUUCCCAGCCCAAGCGUGGAUCCAUCUUCGGCAAGGUCGAGGGUCUCUUCCGCAACGCCAGCAAGGCUGGACGUUCCAAGAAGGAGAAGGAGCCCGCCGCCCACCCCGCCAAGGUCGAGGAGGCUGCUGAGCCCAAGGAGGAGACUCCUGCCACCGAGACUCCCGCCGUCGCCACUGAGGAGAAGAAGGAGGAGACUCCCGCCGCUGCUGCUACCACCGAGCCCACCACCAUCGGUGACGUCGUUCCCGAUGCGGUUACAGUAGGGCAGGCUCCCAAAAGCGCGCCCCAAGUCUCUACCACUGCAUAA